GCUCAUCCUAACUGUCAGCAGCAAUUGCUUACCAUGUGGUAUGAAAAUCUCUCAGGCUUACGUCAACAGUCUAUCGCUGUGAAAUUCCUGGCUGUGUUUGCAGUCUCCAUAGGCCUCCCUUUUCUCGCCAUAGCCUAUUGGAUUGCUCCGUGCAGCAAGCUAGGACGAACCUUGAGAAGCCCUUUCAUGAAGUUUGUAGCCCAUGCCGUUUCUUUUACAAUCUUCUUGGGAUUGUUAGUUGUGAAUGCGUCAGACCGAUUUGAAGGUGUUAAAACCCUGCCUAACGAAACCUUCACAGACUACCCAAAACAGAUCUUCAGAGUGAAAACCACACAGUUCUCCUGGACAGAAAUGCUCAUCAUGAAGUGGGUCUUAGGAAUGAUUUGGUCCGAAUGCAAGGAAAUCUGGGAGGAGGGGCCGCGGGAGUACGUGCUGCACCUGUGGAACCUGCUGGACUUCGGGAUGCUGUCCAUCUUCGUGGCCUCCUUCACGGCGCGGUUCAUGGCCUUCCUGAAGGCCAGCGAGGCCCAGCUGUACGUGGACCAGCACGUGCAGGACAACACGCUACACAACGUCUCGCUUCCGCCGGAAGUGGCUUACUUUACCUACGCCAGGGACAAGUGGUGGCCUUCAGACCCUCAGAUUAUAUCAGAAGGGCUGUAUGCGAUAGCUGUCGUGCUGAGCUUCUCUCGCAUUGCGUACAUCCUGCCGGCCAACGAAAGUUUUGGACCCCUGCAGAUCUCCUUGGGGAGAACUGUAAAAGAUAUCUUCAAGUUCAUGGUCAUUUUCAUCAUGGUAUUUGUGGCCUUCAUGAUUGGGAUGUUCAACCUGUACUCUUACUACCGAGGUGCAAAGUACAACCCAGCAUUUACAACGGUUGAAGAAAGUUUUAAAACCUUAUUUUGGUCCAUAUUUGGCUUAUCUGAAGUAAUCUCGGUGGUGCUGAAAUAUGACCACAAAUUCAUCGAGAACAUCGGCUACGUUCUGUACGGCGUUUAUAACGUCACUAUGGUGGUAGUGCUGCUCAAUAUGCUGAUAGCCAUGAUCAACAACUCCUAUCAAGAAAUCGAG